AGUCACUCCUCCGCCAAUAUAAGCCCAAACUGGGGGCUGCUGGGCAGUCAUGCAUUUCAUGGCAGGUCCUGCAGGUAGCCGGAGUCUGGGGCUCCUGGGCCUCCACAGCAACCCCCAAGCCCUAUGCAUGGUGCUCUUAUUACUGCUGGUCAUGAAGAGCUUGGUGUUCGGUAAGUUUGCCGUCAUCAAUCGGGAAGCCCCUCCUCCACUUGAGCUCCCGAAAUACCUGCGCUGCUAUCGAUGCCUCUUUGAAACCAAGGAGUUGGGGUGCCUUCUGGGAUCUGACACCUGUCUUGCCCCACGUGGUGGCAGUUGCAUCACACUCCACAUAAAGAACAGCAGUAGUACUGACAUCAUGGUGAGUGACUGCCGCCGCAAGGAACAGAUGAGCGACUGCUCAUAUACUCGAACUUCUCCGGUGUUUGGCUUCUGGAUGUACUCUCGAUGCUGCUUCUUGGAUUUCUGCAAUGACCCUCAGAGUAGAGCGAUCUAUAAUCCUUAGAACAACUGCAGAGACCCUUGGAGGAAAUGCCACAUUUCCAGUCACCCUCCCGACUUCCACCUGGGCUCAGCCAGGAGAAUUCCAGCCCUUCACGCCAGUUCUCCCUGCCUCCCUUGAGUCAUCUGACCCCAACCCUAGCCCUCUUCCUCUUGCUGGCCGCCUCUCAACACCCCUCUGCCCCUCCCCAAAUCACCCUCUCCAUAAUUUUCUGGAGUUUUCCCAUCAGAUCCUUACAAUCUGAUGUCUUUCCUGCUCUCUUCUGCCACCUCUCCCUCCAA